GGGUCCCUUUCGGAUGAAUGCUGCAGUCCAGAGCGAGAGCGCAUCUCUGUCUACACGCUGUAUUGUAUUGUAAGCUGUGAUAACUCUAUAGAACGCAAUGGAAACUGCAGAUCAGUGACAGGAAUACAGGAAUAACCAGAAAUACGAUGGAGACAUAGACGAAGCAUUUCCAGAAAUAGGUGUAGCAGCAGCAAGUUGGUUCCUCAGGAACAAUGCCGCUGGUGAAGAGGAGCAUUGAGCCGAGGCACCUUUGCCAUACGGCGCUGCCCCGUGCCAUUAAGAAUGAGCUAGAGUGUGUCACCAACAUAUCGCUCGCCAAUGUUAUACGCCAGCUCAGCAGCCUCAGUAAGUAUGCAGAGGACGUGUUUGGAGAGCUCUUUAAUGAAGCCCAUGCCUUCUCGUUUCGAGUUAACUCCCUGCAGGAGCGAGUGGAUCAGCUAUCCAUCAGCGUGACACAGCUCGACCCCAAAGAGGAGGAGUUGUCUCUGCAGGACAUCACCAUGAGGAAGGCUUUUCGUAGCUCUACAAUUCAGGACCAGCAGCUGUUUGAUCGGGAGUCUCUGCCCAUCCCCAUGCAGGAGACCUUUGAGCUGUGUGAACAGCCACCACCUCUCAGCAUCCUCACACCUUAUAGGGAUGAUGGGAAGGAUUCUCUGAAGUUCUACACCAACCCGUCCUACUUCUUUGACCUGUGGAGAGAGAAGAUGCUGCAGGACACUGAGGACAAGAGGAAGGAGAAGAGAAAGCAGAAGUUACAGGACCCUCGCUUGCAUGAUCAGGUCUAUAAGUAUUUAGACCUUCCAGGGCAGCUGAAGAACAUCGAUCGUCCUGCAGAACCGGAGAAGGUUCCUCGGGCUCCUCACGAUCGCAAAAAGGAGUGGCAGAAACUGGCCUUGGGGGCCGAGUUGGUGGAAGAAGACACAGAAGAUAAACACAAAGACACUAGCAAUGGUCAUGCAACUUACCAUGACCACAGGCAAAUGUACAUGGAUCAUCUGGACGGUCCCUUCUCUCUAGCUGCUUUGCCGUACUCUCAGAUGAACGAGCUGCUCAGCCGCUCCGGAGAGCGGAUGUACGGCCGACCUCACGAUGCUCCACCGCCACCACCGCCUUCACAUCCCGCCGAUAUCAAACCUGCCUCCGUCAUCAGCUCCAGUUCAGGUUUCUCCGACAGUCGUCCUCAGUCUCCGGCCCGCACCCCUGUGUUCUUGAACCCCAAUGCCCCGCCUCCUCCUCCCCCACUCCCCCCACCCCCUCCACCUCUCCCAUCCACUGUAUCAGGUUCAAGCAUGCGUGGGACACCACCGCCCCCAAUUCCGCCUCUACCUUCCCAGCAGCCCCUUGCUAUACCCCCUGCCCCUACACUUCAAAUUGGCCCUGGUGUAUUACACCCUGCCCCUCCUCCUGUGGCUCCACCCCUUCAUUCCUCUCCAGCACGUCUCCCGCAGGAUAAAGUCCUGCUUCCUGGCAUGGGAGACGGAUCUGCCUUGCCACCUCCUCCCCCUCCUCCUCCUCUGCCUCUUCCAGGAGCGCAUAGCUCCUCCACAGGUCAGGCUCCAGGUCCACCCCCUGUGCCUUCGUUCCCUGUUUCGUCUCCACCCACUCACUCGGGUCAUGAAGCUAAGAGGCAUCCAUCCAAUCUGCCGCCAAUUAGCGAUGCCCGUAGUGUCCUGUUAGAAGCCAUUCGUAAAGGUAUCCAGCUAAGGAAAGUCGAGGAGCAAAGAGAACAAGAGGCUAAGCAUGAGCGUGUCGGUAACGAUGUAGCCACUAUCUUGUCCCGCCGCAUAGCAGUGGAGUACAGUGACUCAGAAGACGACUCAGAGUUCGAUGAGGUUGACUGGAUGGAGUAAGAAGGAAAAUAAGCAGUGGAUAUUUAGCAAGAAAGCUACCAUUUAACAAUUGUGUCUAAUUUUCUGUGUGUCCCGCAUCCAUGGUCCUCUGUGGUAUCUUUUAAAAGACUUUGUGUCUCCGGUCUUUUCUUAAGAUGUUUUGCUGUUAUUUUUUACAUACAACGUAAUUCAGCUUCUGUUGAAGCAGAAUUUUCUGUUGUUUGAUUAAUGGAUAAAAAUAUGUUCUUUUUUAAAAAUCCUGUAGUUCAUUUUAAGAAAGGACAACUAAAAUUCACUGUUAGUGUUCCAUAAAGCAGAGCCCAGGCUCUUUUUUUUUUUUACUUUGAGGCAAUGCUGCCACCUUCUGAUUGUAAAAGAAAAUAUAGCCUAUGCUAGUAAUUUCUUAAGAAGCUAGUAAAUUCCUCGAUGGAAA